AUGAUUUUUGAGUGCAUGAAGGGGAAAGGACCCACAGCACUAUCAGAAAGUUUCCUGCUGGUGUUCAGCUGUUUGGUGCUGUCUGUAUUCUCCACCAUCCCAGAACACCAGAAGUUCGCCAACCAAGGCCUCUUCAUCCUGGAGUUUGUGAUGAUCGUGGUGUUUGGGUUGGAGUACUUCAUCAGAGUCUGGGCGGCUGGCUGUUGCAGCAGAUACCGUGGAUGGCAGGGACGGCUGAGAUUUGCCAGGAAGCCCUUCUGUGUCAUAGAUUUCAUCGUAUUUGUGGCAUCGCUGGCGGUGAUAGCAGCGGGGACCCAGGGCAACAUCUUUGCAACGUCAGCCCUACGCAGCAUGCGCUUCCUGCAGAUUUUGCGUAUGGUCCGUAUCGACCGCCGGGGAGGCACCUGGAAACUACUGGGCUCAGUGGUUUACGCUCACAGCAAGGAGUUGAUUACAGCUUGGUACAUAGGUUUCCUGGUCCUGAUCUUUGCCUCCUUCCUCGUCUACCUGGCAGAGAAAGACAUCAACUCAGACUUCAACACCUACGCAGACUCCCUCUGGUGGGGGACUAUUACUCUAACCACUAUCGGCUACGGUGACAAAACCCCUCGUACCUGGCAGGGUCGGCUCCUGGCUGCUGGCUUCGCUCUUCUGGGAGUCUCCUUCUUUGCCCUGCCUGCUGGCAUUCUGGGGUCCGGCUUUGCCUUGAAGGUUCAGGAGCAGCACCGGCAGAAGCACUUUGAGAAGAGGAGGAUGCCUGCUGCCAACCUGAUACAGGCCGCAUGGCGUCUCUACUCAACAGAUGCCAAACACUCCUAUCUGACAGCCACAUGGUACUUCUAUGACAGCAUGUUGCCUUCGUUCAGAGAACUGACGCUACUGUUCAGUCACCUCCAGCGGCAGAGUAAGACCAAGAAGGUUCCCCAGAACUCCUACCACACGCUGCUGUCUGGGCUGCGGCCCUACAGCCCCCCCCACCUGUCAGGGGACAGCAGUAAAAUGGGCUUCCGGGAUCGUAUAAGGAUGAAUCAUUCCCGAUCAUCCCAGUCCAUUAAGAACAAGGGGUCUCAGAUGCCCAUGGGCUCCGGGGUCCGCCGCUCCCCCAGCCAGGAGAACGUCCCCGAGGCCACGAGCCCAGGGAAGGUCCAGAAGAGCUGGAGCUUUAAUGAUCGCACACGCUUUCGCACCUCCCUUCGCCUCAAACCCCGUCCACCUGUUGAUGUGGAUGGGCUCGGGGAGGACAGUGUGGAAGACAAACCUUAUUGUGACGUGGCCAUGGAGGACGUAAUACCAGCAGUGAAGACACUCAUACGGGCUGUCAGGAUCUUAAAAUUCCUUGUGGCCAAGAGGAAGUUUAAGGAGACGCUGCGUCCGUACGAUGUGAAGGACGUCAUCGAGCAGUACUCGGCAGGACACCUGGAUAUGCUGGGCCGUAUCAAGAGCCUGCAGAUGAGGGUGGACCAGAUAAUUGGGCGAGGAGCCGUCCAGACCGAUAAGAAAAUGCGCUCUGAAAAGGGAGAGAAAACACCACCAGAACUGGACCCACUGGAUGAGCUAAGCAUGAUGGGACGUGUUGUCAAAGUGGAGAAACAGCAAGGCCGGGAGUCCCAGCUGCAGCCUGUCAGUGUGGAGGUCUCCUCUGCUGACCCUGUGGAGGAGUGGACACAUGUCCAUCUCCAGCCCUCUGGAGCAUUUUCUGUUCCAGGAACAUGCCGGAUGAGUGCGGCUGAUGUCUGCUCCAGGUUCAUCUCAGUUCACAGUCCUCUCUGUCCCACUGAGCUCCUCGAUGUUCCCAAAACUUUAGAGCUGAAUGAAGCUCUGCAUUCAAACUCAUCAGGUCACAAACUGCAGAAAGUCCUCACACACCUCACUGAAGGAAAAGAUGAAGCCAGAAGAUAA